UGUUUAUCAUUACUGCUAACGCUACUACUCUUGCGGACUCUCGAUCCGUUCAUUUGAAAUACGUCAAAGGGGCCUUGGGAAAAGGCGCUGGGAGGAGGCUGGUGCUCUGAUCACACGGACUGCAAAAAUCUCACCAUAUCAAGCCAAGGAACUUCAACUUACUACAACAAAACUCUCACCUUCGAUACUCCUUUUCUUUGCAACAAUUCCACAACUAAUCCUGGUAAUAUAACUCUAUUUUUUCAUUUCUAUUUAUUUGAUUAUUUUGUUCCUUUCAUAAAAAAAUUAUGUACAUGCAUAUGCUAUUGUGACAUUUUUUACACCUAUAGGGACACUUUGCAUAUGCUACAAAAGCUAUAUUUUGUUGUAAUGAGAGUAUAUACAAAGGUAGUAUACCUGAAAAUUGUUUUUUACUGACCAAUAUAAUCUGUGUAACUCCUGAAUAAUGUUUAUCCAUUUAGUAGCAUUUUUAAUUUUAUCCAAAAUGAACAAUUACAUAAAAAUUUUCAAAUAAAGGUCAUAAAUACGUUUAGUUUUAAAGAAUUUUAUAUGUGUAAAAGUUGAUAGUAAACAAUUCAGAAAAAGAGAAAAGGGUCAAAUAAGGUCUUCUACUAUUAUGAAAUAGUCACAUAAGCCCAUGUGUUGAAUAUGUUGUUUUGUUGAUGACUAACCAUGUAGGUGAAAUGACGGACAGAACUGCUCUCAGUUCCAAUAGGAACGAAAAUUAGAACUAUACUUAGUUCUGAUCUAUAUGACUGAUUGUUGUGCAUAAUGAAUAAAUUAAUAUGUGCAUGCAUGAUAAUACCUCAUCUACGUGCCUAGAUUGAUCAUGCAUAUUCUUAAUGUACGUGGCACAAUUUAAAUAUCUUUCCGUAUAUGACUAAGCACUCACCUUUAUGAGUUGGCCUAUAUAGCUUUAUAGCUUAUGGAAAGAAUCAUUGUUUAUGCUACAUAAAUAUCCUGUAUAAAUUGAUCGUAGCAUAUUUAGAUCCACUAAGUAAAUAUUUCCUUAUCACUUAAUGUUAAAAAGUCAUUAUAUUAAAAGAUAAAUUUUGGAAAGUAUCUUGGCUUGCAUGAUCUGUAGCACCUUAUUUGAAUAUCUCACUUAUAUGAUCGAUACAUAUUCAAACUUGUUAAAGAAAACUAAUCAUUGAUUAUAUAAAUAUGUUGUUGCUACAUAAUGUCCGUUGGAUGCUUAUAUUAAGAGAAUAAAAUAUUCUCCUUAUAUGUGAUGAUAUAUAUAUUCAUUGCAAUACGUAAUAUUCUCCAUAUCUGUUUGUUAUUGAGUGAUUUAUUCAUAAUAUGCACGCAUCCACUUCCUUCCAUAUAUAUAUAUAUGGUUGACCGAGGAUCACCAUAUUUGUGAGCCGGAAGAUCUUUGAAUAAAAGGAAAGAAGAGGCUACGGAUACUAUAUAUAUUGGACUAAAGACCAGACGAAAGGGUGUGCUUGAUCAAGCUUCUAUUGAGAAAUAUACACAAGAAUAUCUACUAAGUCCAAGGCACCAGAACCUGCUCACGGAGUUCCAAACAGAGUUUCCUUUUCCUUUCUUCAUAUUGUAAUUGGGGUUUUUAGAGGAUUGACUAAGUGUAGCAUCCUCGGGUCAGUUAGUGUGUUGUGAGAGCUUUGUUGUAAAGCUGAGAGGCUCUCUACCCACAAGGUAGAGAAGCAUAACUCUUCCUAGAGAGGAUAGAGUUGGGGUGGCUCAAGGGUAGACUAGGAGAGUUUCCCUUGUAAUCAUUCAAAGGCUUUUUGGUGAAGUUGUUCAAAUUCCUCCGAGGGAGGUCGAGGUUUUUUAAUCCCUUUGAGCCAAGGGAUUUUUCCUCGUUGAAUCUUGUGCACUUUAUUAUUUCGUAAAUCCCUGAACCUCACACUAGAACUGUGAGAAAAACUGUCACGGUUCCACACACACACAAUUCACCCCCCCCCCCCCCCCCCCCCCCUCUUGUGUUGCUAACUGUUUCAUCAAUUGGUAUCAGAGCCGGGCCGGUCUUCACCACAGAAAGGUUAAAACCUUGGGAAGAGAUCCGGCAGCAUGAAUACGGUUGAACGAUUAGAGGAAGGAUACUCGACUCAACGACCACCGUUGUUCAACGGCAAAUUUUAUCAAUUCUGGAAGAGUCGAAUGGAGAACUUCAUCAAGGCUGAGAACUACCAGGUAUGGAACGUAAUUGAAGUAGGCGAUAACAUCAUUACUAAAGAAGAUGCCGAAGGUGAGGUUAUCCCUAAACCCAAAUCUGAAUAUACCUCUGAUGAUUAUUGUAAACUCGAGCAUAAUGCUCAAGCAUUGAAAUAUUUGAUUUGUAGACUUGGUCCGGCUGAGCACAACCGUGUUCUUGGAUGCAAAUCCGCAAAACAAAUGUGGGAUUUACUUGAGAUUACGCAUGAGGGUACCUCGCGUGUAAAAAGAUCCAAAAUUGACAUAUUUAUGCGUAAUUACGAAUUAUUCGUGAUGAAGCCUAAAGAAUCAAUUAGGGAUAUGAUUACACGUUAUACUAAUAUUAUCAAUGAGCUCUCAGCACUUGGAAAAGAUAUUACUGUAGAAGAUCAGGUGAGAAAAGUUAUGAGAAGCUUGCCAUCCGCAUGGAAGCCUAAAACUACAGCAAUAGAAGAAGCUAAAGAUCUCUCUACCAUGACGCUAGAAGACUUGACUGGCUCACUCAUGACAUAUGAGCUAGGCCUACAAGAAGAACAAGAUGCAGAAAAUGUGAGAAAAGAGCGAGGAAUAGCUCUCAAGGCUCGAGAAGAAGAAGAAGAAUCCGGAAGUGAAUCGGAAGAUGAAAUGAGCAUGUUCGCCAAGCAAUUCGGAAAGAUGUACCGAAAAUUCAAAGGCAACCGAAAUAAACAAGGUAAAAAGGGUUUCCAAUCUUUUAAUAACCAAGGUUGUUUCGUUUGUGGUUCCUUUGAGCACAGGGCAAAAGAUUGUCCUCAAAAGAAAAAUGAUAGAACCUACGACAAGAACAAGACCAGUUCCCAUCGGAGGUCCGGUGAAGAUAAAGGAUUCAACAGAGACCUCAAAAAGGCAAUGAUGGCAGCCUGGGGAGACUCAUCCGAUGAUGAAGAAGAAGAAGAAGAAGAAGAAGAAAAGGGCCUAAAUCAUGCUGGAUUGUGCCUCAUGGCUAAUUCCGAUGUAGAAUCCGACCAAGAGAAUUUCGAGGUAAAUUUGGAGAGCUUUCUUUCUAAAUUUGAUUCCCUCUCUAAAGGCAAGGUCCGAAAGAUUUUCAAAAGAUUAACAAUCGAACUAAAUCAAAGUCUUUCUGAAAACGAUAAUUUUAAAUCACAAAUCACCGAACUUGAGUCUAAACUCGAGGAAGCCACUAGAGCCAAGAUAAGGCCGGAAACAAAAGUGGGAGAGUUAAUAGAUGAAAGGCUCAAGUAUAGUGAAGUGGUUUUGGAACAAGAUAACCUCAUUUGCUCACUCAAGCUCGAUAAUAUGAGUAAACAAGUUAAUGACGAAGAAAAACUUCUAAGAAAAAUUCCGGACAUUGCCUUGCUCAUAAAUCAUCUCAAUCGCCUUGAGGACGAGAGACAGGAUUUUAAAAACAAACCGGAAUACCAACCAUAUAGUACCAAGGUAAGAACCAGGUCUGGACAGCAUUCUAGAACUGGACCCUCUCGGUACGACAGAAAGGAAAACGAGACUGCUGGUCUCGGAUACAAUCCAAGAAAUUCUCAAACAAAUCAAAAACCGAGUUUUCAGAACCAACCCUUUUAUGGUAACAGAACUAGAGAACAAACCAGUUCUAGACCGUACCAUAGACAACCUAGAACUGGACCAACCUGGUUCCAUAAGCUGGUUCAAAGGCACAAAACAGGUUAUGGUCAAACGCCUAACCGAGGAUUUUAUAAAAGGGUCAAAGAUCAUUUCGGAAAUCGGAAAACCAAAUAUGUGGAUACAUAUGACAGCCGGAUUUGCGGAUAUUGUGGCAAAGACGGACAUCUUAUGUAUCAAUGUCACUCUCGACAACAGGCCUUAGAGAGAAGCCUUAAUUUCAGUAAAUAUUCCUCAAACCAAUAUAAAAUGGAACCCAAGCAGGUCUGGGUUCCACGCACUAAACCUUAAUCCUGGAACAGCGCCGAGUGAGGGGGAACAAUCACUGGUUCCUUGACAGUGGUUGUUCUAAACACAUGACCGGAGAUAAAUCUUUGUUCCUCUCACUGCGGCCAUUUAGUGGUGGAAAGGUGACAUUUGGAGACAACAGCAAAGGAGAAAUCAUUGCUGUGGGAAAAAUUGGAAAGUCACCCGACCAUGCAAUAGACAAUGUUUUCCUAGUCAAAGGUCUAAAGUUUAAUCUGCUUAGCAUUUCUCAGUUUUGCGAUCGAGGUAACAGUGUAGUUUUUGAUCAUAAUGUAUGCCGCAUUGUCAAUAACGAAUCUCAGCAAGUCAUACUAGAAGGCAAGAGACUUGAAAAUACAUAUAAAGUUGAUCUCGAUUUAUUGCCAAGUAUAAGUUUGACCUGCCUAAGCGUUAUUGACAAUGAUCCCCUACUCUGGCAUAAAAGAUUGGGCCACGCUAGCUUUUCGUUAAUCAAUAAACUCAAAAAUAAUGAAUUGGUAGUCGGGCUACCUAAAAUCAAAUAUUCCCUUGAUCAUAUUUGCUCUGCCUGUGCCACUGGAAAACAAUCUCGAUCAUCUUUUAAGACAAAGAAUUUUGUGAGCACAAGCAAGCCCAUUGAACUAAUUCAUAUGGAUUUGUGUGGUCCAAUGUCAGUCCGAAGUCGAGGAAACAAAGAAUAUGUGUUAGUUAUUGUUGAUGACUUUUCACGAUUUACAUGGACUAUCUUUCUUGCAAGUAAGAAAGAUACGUUUAAUGAGUUUGUUGUUUUUGUAAGGAAAAUUGAGCAUCAAACAGGGUUGCACCUAAUCAAGAUUCGAUCCGAUCAUGGAACCGAGUUUGACAACUCACUAUUUGAGGAAUUCUGCAAAGAACGAGGCAUAGACCACAACUUCUCCGCUCCUAGAACUCCUCAACAAAAUGGGGUAGUAGAACGGAAGAAUAGGACACUGGAGGAUAUGACUAGAACAAUGCUGAUUUCUAGUGGUCUGGCAAGAAACUUCUGGGCAGAAGCACUUAACACAGCGUGCUACAUAAUUAACCGAGCUAUGAUCCGGCCACUCCUAGGAAAGACACCCUACGAACUACUCAAAGGAAGAAAACCAAACAUCAGUCAUCUAAGAACAUUUGGAUGCAAAUGUUUCGUCCACAAUAAUGACAAUAUUGGCAAAUUCGAUGCAAGAAGUGACGAGGCAAUCUUUCUCGGAUAUUCCACUCACAGCAAGGCUUACAAAGUUCUAAAUAAACGAACUCAAUGUGUGGAAGAAAGCAUCCAUAUAAUCUUUGAUGAAGCCCUUUCAUUAAAACCGAGGCAAGAUGAUGAAGGAGACAUAGGAAUUCUCCGCAAGGGAAAUCAUUCCCAUGAACACAUUGAAACAAGCCAUGACCAAACUGAGGAAUCACUGGACAAUGAACAAAACGAACCUAGAACUGAAGAAGGACCCGGACUGACCACGACUAAUCCAAGUGAAGAACCAGCUGGUCCAGGUCCAGAUACCUUAUACGAGUUUGUGGAUCAACCCAACGCUCCAAGAGGAUGGAAACAUCAUCGAUCACAUCCCCUGGAUAACCUCUUAACAGAUCUAAAUCAGGGAGUAACAACGAGAUCCAAAUUAAGAAACUUCUGUACUUUCUUUGCUUACUUAUCACUUAUAGAACCGGAGAACCAUGAAGUGGCUCUCUCCGAUAUUGACCGGGUUCUAGCUAUGCAGGAAGAACUAAAUCAAUUUGAAAGAAACAAGGUGUGGCAUCUAGAACCAAGACCCGAGAAUAAAACCGUUAUUGGUCUCAAAUGGGUAUUUAAAAAUAAGCUUGAUGAGCAUGGACAGAUCACCAGAAAUAAGGCAAGGCUAGUCGUCAAGGGCUAUAAUCAACAAGAAGGAAUAGAUUUCAAUGAAACAUUCGCACCGGUGGCAAGGCUAGAAGCAAUCCGGAUGCUCAUAGCGUUUGCAGCUCAUAUGGGUUUCACCCUCCACCAAAUGGAUGUCAAGACAGCAUUUUUGAAUGGUUAUCUUAAGGAAGAGGUAUACGUUGAACAACCACCGGAGUUUGAAAAUCCAGAUUUACCUAAUCACGUUUUCAAACUAGAUAAAGCACUAUAUGGGCUCAAACAAGCACCACGUGCUUGGUAUGAACGUCUAUCUAAAUUUCUUUAGGAAAAUGGUUUUGAAAGAGGAAAAAUCGAUAAAACACUUUUUCUAAAAAUAAAAGAUCAAUCCCUCUUGGUUGUUCAAAUUUAUGUAGAUGACAUUAUAUUUGGUGCUACUAACGACUCACUUUGUGAUGAAUUUUCUUCUCUUAUGAGCUCCGAGUUCGAGAUGAGUAUGAUGGGCGAAUUAAAUUAUUUCCUUGGUCUCCAAAUCAAACAAACAAGUAAAGGAACUCAAAUAUCUCAACAAAAGUAUCUCAAGGAGCUUCUCAAGAAGUAUGGAGCAAGUGAAGGCAAAACAAUGACAACACCAAUGGGAACAAAUGACAGACUGGAUGCAGACGAAGCAGGAACCAGCAUAGACCAAAAGAAAUACCGAGGAAUGAUUGGGUCUCUACUAUACCUAACUGCCAGUAGACCCGACAUAGUUUUCAGCGUAGGUCUAUGUGCCCGGUUCCAGGCAAAUCCCAAGGAAUCUCACCUCAAAGCAGUCAAGAGGAUACUCAAAUAUCUCAAAGGAACUAUGAAUCUGUGUUUAUGGUAUCCACGAAAUGAGGAUUUUAAUCUUAUUGCAUAUUCAGAUUCUGAUUUUGCAGGUGAUCUAUUAAACAGAAAAAGCACAUCUGGAACGGCUCACUUCCUAGGUCCUUGCCUGGUUUCAUGGAGCUCUAAGAAACAGAACUCAGUUGCUCUUUCAACAGCCGAAGCCAAAUACGUAGCAGCCGCAUCGUGUUGCUCACAAUCCUUGUGGAUCAUGCAACAAGUAAGCGACUACGGGAUCAUCCUAAAUUGCACACCAAUUCUAUGUGACAAUACUAGUGCAAUUAGCAUCUCAAAGGAUCCAGUCAUGCACUCACGAACAAAACACAUCCACAUCCGGCAUCACUUUCUGAGAGAUUGCGUGGAAAAGGGGCUAAUCAAGGUAGAAUAUUGCAACACUGACAAGCAAAUUGCCGACAUCUUUACAAAGCCCCUGGGAAGAGAAAGGUUUGAAUUAAUUCGACUUGAACUUGGUCUCAUCAAUGCUUAAAACUAUUUCAUAAUUUUUUUUUGAACAACUUAAGAAGAAAAUCUUUAUUUAAAACUGAAAUCUUUCAGCUUUUAAACUGUCAGUUUUUUUUGGGGACGUAACUGCCACACAACCGGCCACUUCCUAUUUGGAAGGAAAUCAUUAAAAAAAAAUUUGGGAAGUGGGAAAGUAUCCCGUAUACCAACACGCCGCCCACUUCCAUAUUACAAACCUUCCAUAACCGCCUCCCUCUUCUCCUUCUUAAAACCACCAUGGUCAAAACCAGAGGCUACGCUCCUCCCACUGCUCCUCGUCGUUCUAACCGGAAAAGAAGCGUACAACCACCCCCACCUUCAUCACCUACCCCGAUUGAACUCGAAGCCUCACCUCCUUCGACCAUGCACUCCGAAUCUGGUGACUCCCUACCACCAUUCCCGGCGUCCUCUCAGGGGGAACCAGAUAAAGACUCUUCAUCACAAAUUAAGCCUCCCAAACGAAAACCAACCACUCGCGACGGAAAGGUACUGCCCCAAAAAUACACCCGGAAAAGAGCAAUCGCUGAGGGAAUCAUCUCCGAAAAGGGCUCCACCCAAAAAUAUCCAAGGAUGGGGAGGGUAGUCGAGGAAGACGCCGCACGACUCAAGGAGGAAUAUCUCUCCCGGGGAAUAGUUAAGGUACUCUCCAUCUCCUAUGGUGAUAUUACUCAAAAAACCUCUGAUUUUACUGAGCUUAUUUCGUUCCAAAAAUGGGAGACCUUGUUUGAUUCCAAAAAUUGCCCCUCUGUGUUUCCUGAACUCAUCUCAGAUUUUUUGGCUAAUCUUAUUAUCAAAGACAGUUUCUUAUCCUCUAAGGUACAAGGCACAAAAAUUCUGUUAAAAGUGAAUGAUCUAGGUCAAAUAUUGGGUGUUCCAUGUACUGGUAUAUGCCAAUAUAACAAAACCGAGUGGCCCCUAACCAACACCUCUCAAACAGUUGCACUGGAAUACUUUAACCCAACCAUUUCCGAAUCCUCUCUUCAUGUUGCGAGCCUUGCCCCAAUUCCCAAACUACUGUUUUACUUUGUUCAUCACAACUUGACUCCUCGGCUAGAAGGGAGAUUCACACCCUCUAGAGUUGAACUGGCAUAUAUGUACCUUUUAGCCAACAAAGUUCCUAUCAACCUUCCUGGAUUGAUGAUGGCCCAUCUCAGUUCUAUCAUCAGUUCCUCAUCCCGACGGAUUGGGAUUCCAUAUGCCCCACUACUCACCAAAAUAUUUCUCUCUAAGGGCAUUACUCUAGACAAAUUCUCCUCUGAAGAAGCUUGCAAAGUCCUGGACAAGAGAUGUCUAAGCAAUCUAGGACUAAUUAUAUCCAAUUCUCACCUUCUUCCUAAACCAACUGAUCCCUCUUCUUCAGAACAAAAACCCAGACCAAAACCAACUCCAGUUCCUUCCAUCGAUCCAAUGAUGGUGGUACCCCCAAUCACUGACCGCAUAGAUCUCCUGGAACGUUAUCUUCAACACCAAUUUGCUUCCCUUUCAGACUCCAUCUCUGCAUUGGCAAAAAAGGUGGACACACUGGCUGACACAACCAAUGCUAUUCGGAAUGAUUUCCAAUCCUUCAAACAGGAAGUGGCAGAGCGGCUCUGUGAAUCUGGCUCGACUAAUCGAAGAAUAAUUUAUUCUUCUGAGGAUGAUUAAACAUUUCUUUUCUGGGGGAGGGUUGUUGCUACAUUAACAUCUUAAACAAGUUGUCCUACUUUGAAAUUUUACUUUGCACUGUUUUGGUUAUUUUCUGUUUCCUUUUGGUUGAUGCCAAUAGGGGGAAAUAAUCAGGUGCCUGCUUAUUUUGCUACAUAAAAACACCGACUGAUACUAAUCUGCAGGGACACCUUUAUUAUGGCACCUAAUGUUUGUCAUCAACAAAAGGGGGAAUUUGUUGAAUAUGUUGUUUUGUUGAUGACUAACCAUGUAGGUGAAAUGGCGGACAGAACUGCUCUCAGUUCCAUUAGGAACGAAAAUUAGAACUAUACUUAGUUCUGAUCUAUAUGACUGAUUGUUGUGCAUAAUGAAUAAAUUAAUAUGUGCAUGCAUGAUAAUACCUCAUCUACGUGCCUAGAUUGAUCAUGCAUAUUCUUAAUGUACGUGGCACAAUUUAAAUAUCUUUCCGUAUAUGACUAAGCACUCACCUUUAUGAGUUGGCCUAUAUAGCUUUAUAGCUUAUGGAAAGAAUCAUUGUUUAUGCUACAUAAAUAUCCUGUAUAAAUUGACCGUAGCAUAUUUAGAUCCACUAAGUAAAUAUUUCCUUAUCACUUAAUGUUAAAAAGUCAUUAUAUUAAAAGAUAAAUUUUGGAAAGUAUCUUGGCUUGCAUGAUCUGUAACACCUUAUUUGAAUAUCUCACUUAUAUGAUCGAUACAUAUUCAAACUUGUUAAAGAAAACUAAUCAUUGAUUAUAUAAAUAUGUUGUUGAGUGAUGAUAUUAAGAGAAUAAAAUAUUCUCCUUAUAUGUGAUGAUAUAUAUAUUCAUUGCAAUACGUAAUAUUCUCCAUAUCUGUUUGUUAUUGAGUGAUUUAUUCAUAAUAUGCACGCAUCCACUUCCUUCCAUAUAUAUAUAUGGUUGACCGAGGAUCACCAUAUUUGUGAGCCGGAAGAUCUUUGAAUAAAAGGAAAGAAGAGGCUACGGAUACUAUAUAUAUUGGACUAAAGACCAGACGAAAGGGUGUGCUUGAUCAAGCUUCUAUUGAGAAAUAUACACAAGAAUAUCUACUAAGUCCAAGGCACCAGAACCUGCUCACGGAGUUCCAAACAGAGUUUCCUUUUCCUUUCUUCAUAUUGUAAUUGGGUUUUUUAGAGGAUUGACUAAGUGUAGCAUCCUCGGGUCAGUUAGUGUGUUGUGAGAGCUUUGUUGUAAAGCUGAGAGGCUCUCUACCCACAAGGUAGAGAAGCAUAACUCUUCCUAGAGAGGAUAGAGUUGGGGUGGCUCAAGGGUAGACUAGGAGAGUUUCCCUUGUAAUCAUUCAAAGGCUUUUUAGUGAAGUUGUUCAAAUUCCUCCGAGGGAGGUCGAGGUUUUUUAAUCCCUUUGAGCCAAGGGAUUUUUCCUCGUUAAAUCUUGUGCACUUUAUUAUUUCGUAAAUCCCUGAACCCCACACUAGAACUGUGAGAAAAACUGUCACGGUUCCACACACACACAAUUCACCCCCCCCCCCCCCCCCCCUCUUGUGUUGCUAACCGUUUCAUCAAUUGGUAUCAGAGCCGGUCUUCACCACAGAAAGGUUAAAACCUUGGGAAGAGAUCCGGCAGCAUGAAUACGGUUGAACGAUUGGAGGAAGGAUACUCGACUCAACGACCACCGUUGUUCAACGGCAAAUUUUAUCAAUUCUGGAAGAGUCGAAUGGAGAACUUCAUCAAGGCUGAGAACUACCAGGUAUGGAACGUAAUUGAAGUAGGCGAUAACAUCAUUACUAAAGAAGAUGUCGAAGGUGAGGUUAUCCCUAAACCCAAAUCUGAAUAUACCUCUGAUGAUUAUUGUAAACUCGAGCAUAAUGCUCAAGCAUUGAAAUAUUUGAUUUGUGGACUUGGUCCGGCUGAGCACAACCGUGUUCUUGGAUGCAAAUCCGCAAAACAAAUGUGGGAUUUACUUGAGAUUACGCAUGAGGGUACCUCGCGUGUAAAAAGAUCCAAAAUAUACAUUUAUGCACUACUAAUUAGUGCAUAUCAAAUACCCUCACACUUAAACUUUUACUCGUCUCGAGUAAACCAAAUCCAGUCUAAGAAGUCCUUAAAAUGACAAGAGUAUCAACACAAAAAUCCACGAGUGUUUUUAGAAACACACAAAGUAUAUCCCCAAAAAUAUAACAGUCAAGAGGGGUCUUCAACUCCAUAUUUCUUAUCAACCUCGACUUUUUUUUUCGUUACCCUUAGGAUCCUGCAUGAAUAAAAGAAAAUAAUUUCUCUCAUUCUCUCAUUUUGCCUAGGUACCCAUUCGGGUUUUUAUCCCAGCUUCCCACAUUUUUCUAUUUUAAUCCUCACACAUCACUCUUAUUUUUGCUUUAUUUUUGCUUAAGUUGCCCUUUCGGGUUUUCAACUUAACAAGCUUUUAUAAUUUUUUUUAACAAGAAUAAAGAGUAUGAAUGUGAGUAUUCCAUAAGACUCUUCCCCCAAGCUAACCCAAACAUUGUCCCUAGUGUUUGUGUCUGUGACAUCCUAGAAGAGGAACCCUUUUGUGCUGCCAUUUCUUUAUUUUUUGGUUGAGGAAUUUUCGGACUUUGUGUAGGGUGAGUAAGGGGAUUUGGAUUUUUGGUUAUUUGGGAGGUUUUUUUUGUGGGUGCAGUAGUGAAGAGGGUGAUGAGGAGAUGAAGAGAAAAAGAGUUUAUUUGGUUGAUUUGGUGGAGAAAAUGGUGGAAGAGGAGUAUGGGUUUGGAAUUUGGAAGAAAUGAAGUGAGGAAGAGGGUGGUGUGUCCGCCCCUUAUCGGGCAUUUACCCGUUUGACCUCCUGAGUCUUUGGUUUCAGAAGAAGUUCUUUGACCAGAGAAGUCAAACCGGCAACUUGGCUUUCCAACGAGGUGUUGGAUUCUGCGGCGGCAACCCUUCGAGUUGAGGAUCGCCCACUGUAAUGUCUGGAGUUCUCGGCCAACUCUGAGAUGAGAUUCCUUGCUUGAGAAGGGGUUUUGUUAAUAAUUCCCCCUCCACAUGCCGCAUUCACCAUGCGCCUAUCUUGAUCCGCAAGACCAUCAUAAAAAUAGAGGAUGAGGUCUUGCUCGGAGUACCCAUGAUAUGGGCAACUAGCACACAACUUUUUGAAACGCUCCCAAUAUUCAUACAAUGUUUCAUCUUCUUUUUGCUCAAUGUUGCUUAUUUGUUUUUUAAAGAAGAUGAGAUUGAGGCGGGAUAGUACCUAUCCAAGAAGCAUUUUUUCAUUGCCGCCCAUGUGUCUAUACUUCCCGAAGGAAGAUAGAAUAGUCAAUCCUUUGCAGUGUCUUUGAGGGAGAAUGGAAAAGUCCUCAAUUUGAUUUGUUCUUCCGAGACACCACUGGGGCACAUGUGACAUUCAUGUAAUUUCCAUGUUUAUUUUUGUAUUUUUAAUUAGUUUUGAUUGACUUUCACUUUGAAUAUUACACACUUUUGGUGUAAUAGUUUAGUUUGUAAAAUAGUUGUAAUUUGUUUAGAUUAGGGACUUUCUGAGCUUAAACUAGGUAAAGAUCGUCAAAAGGAUCCUGGAAGGUUCAAGGAAAGUGCAAGGGAACAACAAAAAGUGAAAAUUUGGGAAAAUAGUCAAAAAACCCGACCAGGUUUUCCAAAAACCCGACCGGGUUUGACUUGACCCGAAUAUCAAAUUUGAUUUGGAGGCAAUUUAACAUGCAGAGCGAAGAUUUGGCAAAGAUUUGUCUUUUACCCGAUCGGGUAAAUCAAAAACCCGAUCGGGUAGAUGUGACUAAUGAACAUUCCGGGCAAUUACUCAAGAAACCCGAUCGGGUUUCUGUAAAACCCGGUCGGGUAAAUGACCCUGCUACCUCCAAACACCUAUAAAUACACCUCUUUUCCUUUCCAUUUGAAAUCCAAUUCCUUUGUACAUCUAAGCUCAGUAUAGAAUAGCUCUUUCUUUAUAUUUUUCAUCAUGUUUAGUCUCCAAAUUAGGAGCUAAACUCUUCCAUCUUGGUUUUGCUACUUUGAAGCUUAAUGAAUUUGUAAGUUGUGAGUUAUUUUCUUUAAUCUUCUUCCUUGAAUAUUAAUUCUUUCUUUCAAAAUACUAUCUCUAUAUCAAAGUUGGGGAGUGUUACUAAGAUGACAAUUAGUUAACAUCUUGACAUUGGUUAUAGUAAUAGCUAUUUCUUCCUCUAUGAUAAUAUUGGGGAGUGUUACUAAGAUAACAAUUAGUUAACAUCUUGAUAUUAAUC